AUGAUCGAAACAAGAAUGCACGGCGCAUUUCCGGGUGAAUCGAUCAGCAAAAGCAUAUUUACUCUUGUGAAACUUCUACUAAUGACAUAUUCUGGCCUUUUCUGUGUGGUAAUCAACCCCUACAAAAGACUACCCAUCUAUACCGAUUCCGUUGCUCAAAUGUUCAUGGGAAAACGAAGAACUGAGAUGCCACCACAUUUGUUCGCUGUCUCUGACGAAGCCUACCGUAAUAUGCUGCAAAAUCACGAGAAUCAGUCGAUGCUUAUCACUGGAGAGUCCGGAGCUGGAAAGACUGAAAACACAAGAAGUACGGUAGUCGAUCGUGAAACUCCAGUAAUCGCCUACUUCGCCGCUGUCGGUGCCUCUCAACAGCAGCAGUUCGGCAAGAAGGAAGAAAGCACAGUGAAGAAAGUCACCCUCGAAGAUCAGAUCGUGCAGACUAACCCCGUGCUUGAAGCUUUCGGUAACGCGAAGACGGUUCGUAACAACAACUCGUCACGAUUCGGUAAAUUCAUCCGAAUUCACUUCUCGAAACAAGGACGAGUGGCAUCUUGCGAUAUCGAACAUUAUCUUCUCGAGAAAUCCCGUGUGAUUCGUCAAGCACCCGGCGAGCGAUGUUAUCAUAUCUUCUACCAGCUGUUCUCCGGAUAUGUGCCCUCACUAUUGAAGGACUUGAUGCUCGACAAACCUGUCAAGGAUUACUGGUUUGUUGCUCAAGCUGAGCUGAAAAUCGAUGGUGUGAAUGACAAGGAAGAAUUCCAACUGACCGAUGAAGCUUUCGACAUCCUGAAAUUCAGCAGUGUGGAAAAGAUGAACUGUUAUAAAUUGGUGUCUGCUAUGAUGCACAUGGGUAACAUGAAAUUCAAGCAGCGUCCUCGUGAAGAACAAGCUGAACCCGACGGCACUGAUGAAGCGGAGAAAGCUUCCUCCAUGUACGGCAUCGAGCCGGAAGACUUCCUGAAGGCUCUUACUCGCCCUCGUGUGAAAGUCGGUAACGAAUGGGUGAACAAGGGACAGAACCUUGAACAGGUCAAUUGGGCUGUCGGUGCUAUGGCAAAGGGUCUCUAUUCGAGAAUUUUCCACUGGUUGGUGAAGAAAUGUAACCAGACUCUGGAUCAGAAGGGUAUUCUCGUGAUCACUUCAUUGGAGUGCUUGAUAUUGCCGGUUUCGAGAUCUUCGACACUGCAAAAUGUUGAGAAGGAGAGCUAA